AUGAGUGGGGGAAGCGGCUACGGCUACGGCUACGGCCCUGGGCAACCCGGCGCCAGCCGGUAUGACACUGGUGAUAGCAGCUACAGCAAUGGCAACAUUGGGGGGAACGGAUACAAUGACCGAGGCUCCGGGAGUACAGGAGGCGGGGCAGGGGGGGAUAGAAGGGGGAAUCACGAUCGCCGCCCCGGUGGCUAUGGUGGAUUCUAUCCUGAGUCUACCCAGCAGCCAUCUCUUGCACCUCCGGGACCACCGUCCCCGGAGCGCCGGCGCGAUCGGGCAGAUCGAGAUCGGCAGCAGCAGCCAGCACAGUCUACCUCGCGGUCACGAACAAGGAAUGGUGAGGCGGAUAGGAGGUAUCAGGGUACGAGGGAUGAUCGCACCCGCGAGGCUCAGCGCUACCAAGAGAGCAGGAGUCGAGAGCCAGUACCUGAUACCAGGGUGAUGCAGAGCAAUACGGCUGAAAUGCGAUCUGUUGAAGACGUCCUCGAGUCUAUUCAACACGAUUGGGAUUUUAUGACCGAUGCCGAAUGCAUCCCCGUGCAGGUCGCCCUCAGUCUGAUGGAUACAAGCACCUUGGGCAAGGCAGACCGAGAACCGGAUUUCAUCAACAUGUAUAACCAGAUUCAGAGAACGCUCAAGGCGAUUGUGAACGAGCACCACCAGGGCUUUAAUAGUUCUAUCGGAACGUACCACAUGAUCCAGUCUAAUAUCUCGAGCUCUCAAGGGCGAGUGCGCAAUCUGAGGAACUCCCUGGAGGAGGCAAAGUCAGGAUUGUUGUCCACGAAGCCAGAGCUGAAGGGGUUGGCUACUUCUUCGCAGAAUUACGACGACAUUUUGCAACUGUUUGCCCAGAUCGAGGAGAUCCAGUCACUCCCCGAGAAGCUCGAAUCCCGCAUCUCUGACAAGCGCUUCCUUGCAGCAGUUGAGGUCUUGCACACUGGGCUCCGGUUACUCCGCCGCUCAGAGCUCGAAGAGAUUGGUGCUCUCUCGGACGUUCGUGCAUACUUCAACAACCAGGAAACUUCUUUGACAGACAUCUUGAUUGAGGAGCUGCAUGAUCACCUAUACUUGAAAUCUCCGUAUUGCUCGGACCGAUGGAAGGCGCCGGUCGGGGAAGGAGAAUCUAAUCCCAGCAGUUGGACGGGAAAUCGCUCAUGGGAACGACCCGUAUACAGUUUCUUGGCCAAGUUUGACGCAACAACUCCAAUGGUUGAGGAUGCGUCUCGAAAUCCCGAGGCAGAUACCUUCUCAUACAUUCAGCUGCUGAUUGAAGCACUGAAUAAGAUGGGUCAUCUUGACACUGCCGUGGAUCGAAUUGCGCAACGUCUACCGGUCGAGCUUUUCGCAGUCGUUGACAAGACAAAUGCCGAAGUUGAUGCUCGCUAUCCUACUCCGAACCGGACAUUCUCGUCCCACGAUAACCAGCUCAAGUCCAACCUACCAACGGAAACUAUCGAGGAACGUGGCCAUGUGCUGACCGAGUACCUUUGGGCUCUGUAUGCAAAGUUCGAAUCUAUUGCCGAGGGUCACCGAGUUGUGCAUGACGUGAUUGCAGCCAUUGUCGGACGUGAGGGCGUUGUUAAAAGCGCGACACUCUCUGGUGGAUUCAAGGAAUUGUGGAAACUCCUGCAAAGCGAAAUUCGGUCAUUGCUUCAUGAUUAUCUUGCAACUGAUGGAGAGACAUCUUUCAGGUCUAGAGGGGAUGAGGCAGAUGCUCGACGACACCUUACUGGGGGUAACCGGGACAGGAACAAGAAAAUGUUCAAACUAUCCGACAUUGAGCAGAGCUCGGAGAUGAAGGCCGAGCAAGAUGAAUUGGACGAGAUCCUCCAGCUAUCUGUUCCAGGUCUAGUAUCCAAGACGCGGCAAAAGACGUCUGUAAACGAUGCUUCUCCCUCGAGACAGGGCAAUUCAGGAACUGGCCAUAAGAUCCUGCUUGAGCCUAGUGUUUUCAACAUGAGACUUCUCCUACCGUCAUCACUGUCCUUCAUCCAACGUCUCAAGGAUAUCGUGCCUGUUGACUCAGAUAUCUCCAUGAGCACCCUGACGUCUUUCCUCGAUGACUUCAUGGUUAACGUCUUUCUCCCUCAGUUGGACGAGACUAUAACCGAUCUAUGCACGCUCAGCUUCAUCGCUGCUGACGCAUUUACCGAAGACCCGCAAUGGACCAAGGUCUCGCCACGGCCCAUUUUCAAGGGUACGGUCAAAUUCAUGUCUAUCGUCCGAGAGUUUAGCAAGAUGUUGUCUAGCAUUCCGCACGAUCAGGCAUUUACGCAGCUCCUAAUCGACCAGAUCGUGACUUACUACGACAAGUGCUGCGGGUGGUACAAGGCGAUGGUUACAAAGGUGUCUGCGCGGAACCACGGCGGCGAAGUACGAUUGAAAGCUGCGGCUUCGUUUGCCGAGUCCGGUGACAUCCGUGACGUGGUUGAAGAGCUAUGGAAAGGAGCCGGUGCGAAGAAGCAGACUCUCAUCGAUACUGAAAUCGAUCUUCUUCUCAAGCGGACUGAUCAGGUUCCCCUGGAGCCAUAUGAUAUCAUAUCGGAUCCUAAGACCGUUGUUGCGUUGUCGCUUUUGUAUAACAGCAUGCAAUGGCUUGGAAGCCACCUUUCGAAGAUCAGACUGGUCGUCGAUUCAUCAACAGAGUCAGAUCCGUCAGCCGUGACCGCGAAUGGUCGACCAUCUCGCCGAUGGACUCUCUUUGGAGCCAUGAAGCCCAAGCAUGACAGCAUCAACACGCCUGUAUACUUGCCGCUGAAUCGUGAAACGGCUGCAGCCUUCGAUCAGACUCUCCAGUCCCUCCAUGGGCUUGGAUCCAACGCUCUCUUGACAAUGCACGUCGACAUUCGAUGUGGUAUUAUUCACAUGCUGACAAAAACCAUGUCGGGUCCCAACCCGCCGACCGUACGGGAUUCUGUACCCCUGACGCCAUCUCCUGGCUCAACCGAGAACUGGUGGCAUAUCAUUAUGAAUCAACCGACCGCAGCAUCACCCACGAUUCUCCAAUUGAAUGGAGACCUGAUCAGUUUCGAUACCAACAUUUCCACCUACUUGGGCUCCGCUGAGCACUGGUUUAUUGCGUCAGGCCUGGCACGAUUCAUCGAUCGCGUGUUUGUGGCAUGCACCCGUUAUAUUGGUGCCAUGAACGAGAACGGUGCUCUCCGUCUACAGCUGGAUGUUCUUGUUCUACAGCAAAACUUGAAGAACAUCAUCAUUGAUCCCGCUGCGACAGAAGGAAACGAGUCUGUAUCUCAGGAGGUGGUGGCGCUGCCGAGAAGUGCCAAGUUCUUGGACUGGUUCCUAGAGGGGGCGGAGAAGGCCUUGGACUACGCCAAAGAGGAGAAGGAGGCGUUCGCAGCACAGGGCGAUAAAGCUCUGGCCGCUGGCAACGGAGAACCCUUCACUUAUGAUGAGCUCCGAGUUCUUGUGGACUUGUGCUUCUCGGAGAUUUCGCGUGGGCCUCGGGGUGCCGAGAGUCGGGAGGACUUUAUGGCAGCGAAGAAGGCCAGCGCUGAUGCGCUAUUACGCCUGAACGAGAUAAUGUGGGAUGCGCGAUAG